AUUCAGCAAAACACUAUAAAUGGAACAAACUGAAGAGAGAAAAUUACUUAAUGAAUUGCAUUUCAUUAAUUCCUUGACCAAGGAAAAAGAAAAGUUUACCCCACAAGAAGGAAACAGAGUCAACUUCUAUAUGUGUGGGCCUACUGUUUAUGACCAUUCCCACCUUGGACAUGCCCGUGCCUAUAUGCUCAUGGACACUGUGAGAAAAGUUAUGAGAGACUACUUCAACUACGAUGUUCACUACUGCAUGAACAUUACUGAUAUCGAAGACAAAAUCAUUAAAAAGAGUAAUGAUCCUGAAGAUGGAAGGUCAUUCCAAGAAAUUGCCAGAUUCUAUGAAGAAGAUUUCCUCAAUGAUAUGGCUACUCUGAAUGUAGAGUUACCAGACUCUAUGCCAAGAGUCUCUGAGUAUGUUCCAGAGAUUGUUGACUUUAUACAGAAGAUUAUUGAUAAUAGAUAUGCUUACGAGUCUAAUGAAUCUGUCUACUUUAAUGUGAUCAAAUACAGUGAGGAUAACCAUAAAUAUCCUAAGCUGAAUACAGCCACUCAAGAGAAGCUUGCUGAACUCCUCAAGGAUGGAGAAGGAGUACUCGAACAAGAAAAUGAAAAGAAGAAUAAAGAGAAAAUCAAUGAACAAGAUUUUGUCCUCUGGAAGAAAUCCAAAGAAAAUGAACCAUUUUGGGAAUCACAAUGGGGCAAAGGAAGACCAGGAUGGCAUAUUGAGUGUUCAGCAAUGAGUCAUGCUAUCUUUGAGAAAUAUCCUAUCGAUAUUCAUGCUGGAGGAGAGGACUUAAAAUUCCCUCACCACGAUAAUGAGAUAGCUCAAUCUGAAGCACAUCACGGAUGCGAUCAGUGGGUAAAUUAUUUCAUCCAUGUCGGUCAUUUGCAUAUUGACAAGCAAAAGAUGUCAAAGAGCCUCAAGAACUUUAUCAAGAUCAAAGAAUUCACUAAGAAGUAUGACGCUAAGAAAAUCAGAUUCCUCUUCUUGCUCCAGAGAUGGAAUACUAUUAUGAACUUUGACCCUGAAAAAUCAAUGACUGAAGCUUUAGCCAAAGAAGCACAAUUUUUAGAAUUUUUCAAGCAGGCUAAAGCUAUUAUCAGAAAUUUUGACAUCAAGAAGAAUCCACAGAAGUGGGAUGCUGUUGAUAAAGCCUUAAACCAAAAAUUAAGAGAUACCAUGACUCAAGUUCAUCACCACUUAUGUAACAACAUCGAUACUCCAAGCGUCAUCCUUGAGCUUGGAAAUCUGGUAGGAGAAACAAACAAAUAUAUGAAAGGAAAAGAUACUCAGAUCAAAAGCCCACUUGUGGUUAAUAUUGCCAAGUAUAUUCUCAAAAUCACUAAGUGUCUUGGGCUAGUCGACCAAGAUCCAUUUGCUUACAAUGCUAGCUCAGAUGAAACAGGUGAAGAGGCUAAGGUUGACCCAUUCGUUCAAACUAUUGUCAACUUCAGAGAUGAAAUUAAGCAAUUAGCGUUCGAGAAAGACAACAAGAAACUUCUUAUAGACCAAUGCGAUAAGGUCAGAGAUGUUGAUAUGGCCAACCUAGGAAUCAAGAUUGAAGACACUGGCAUGAAGACUCAAUCUAACUGGAUUAAAGAAGACCCAGAAGUACUCCUCAAGAGCAUUGCUGACAAAAAGGAAGCUAAAGAGAAGAAGAUUAGAGAAAAGGAAGAAAAGAGACUACUUGAAGAGAAGAAGAAGUCCACUCCUCCUAAUGAAUGGUACUCAACAUUUGAGAGUGACAAAUACUCUCAGUUUGAUGAGAACGGACUUCCAACUCACAAUGAAAAAGGAGAGGAGCUCAGUAAAGAAAAGAAGAAAGGCUUAGAGAAGCAAAUGAAGGCUAAAGUGAAGAAAUAUCAAAAGUAUCUUGACACUUUAGAAAAGCAAGCCAAAAAGAAGGCAGAGGAGGAAGAGAAGAAAGAAUAGCCACUAAUUAUUCAAUUUCUGACAGA